CACUCGACCGUUUCUUUCUCUGAAUCCGGCUUGCCUCUUUGCUUCACUUCUGUCGACGUCCAGUUUCCUGGCUUCGACAAUACAUAACCGCAACACUUCGAAUACCUUUUGUUUCGGCAGCGUUGUGGAGCAUCAUAGUGACAGGUUCUAGACAAAUCUGUCCGCCAUCUCGAGACACCGUGUAUACUUACCCAGCAGUCAUACUCUCCUGUCGAGUUUUUGGCCGCACUUUCUUGUACAACGACUGGUACAUUCCAUCGCGUGUAUCUUCUUCUCGGUUGUGCCUUUACCAAGGGGCACGUUUAAUCCUUCAAGACGGCGGUUCUAUCUCACCUUUCUCGGGACUCCUCUGUCCCGGCGCACUUCCUCGGGAUGCAAGACUACUCGGGCCACCAGGGUGGGCACAACGGCCACAACGGCCAGGGCCGCUUCGGCCACGCCUCCAAGCCUUCCAAUAGCGACACCGGCUUCUCCCACGGUGCCUUCACUUCCAACAUCUCCGGCUUCGCCGAAAGACACCCCCGCCGCGGCAACAUUCCUUCGAUUAAUACGCAGCCCAUGCAGCAGCAGAACUCCCACCACAACGUCAAUGGCCAAGACCUGACCAGCCCCGGUACCGCCUUCGACAUGCAGUUCACUCCUUUGCUGCCCUCUACCCUUCUCGUCGGUAGCCCCUUCCAGCCGGGCACCCCCGCUGGCUUCGCUAGCCCCCAAUUCCAGAGCAUUCCUGCCUUCCAGCAGCAACAGCAGCAGCAGGGUUACCAGUCGCAAAACGGCGCCGCCAGCCCGGUUCAGCAACACAUCUCACCCCAGAUGUACCAGCCCAUCGUUUCACCCUCUGCUUACGGCGCGCCUCAGUUCUACGCCCCUCAGUCGCCCACGGGUUCUUACAACAACAUGGCGCAGAUGCAGAUGCCUGUCCAGCCGCAGUCUCCGGUCAACAUGGGCCCCGGCAUGGUGACCGGUACCAGCCGUACCGUUUACCUUGGCAACAUCCCCCCCGACACCUCUGCUGAGGAGAUUCUUGGACAUGUUCGUAGCGGUCAGAUCGAGUCCGUGCGGUUGCUCCCGGACAAGAACUGCGCUUUCAUUUCUUUCUUGGACGCGAGCUCCGCCACGCAUUUCCACUCUGAUGCCAUCUUGAAAAAGCUCUGCAUCAAGGGGCAGGAUAUCAAGAUUGGCUGGGGCAAGCCUUCACAGGUCCCUACCUCGGUCGCUCUCGCUGUUCAGCAGUCUGGAGCCUCUCGCAACGUUUACCUUGGCAACCUGCCUGAGGAGGUCACUGAGGAGGAGCUGCGCGAGGAUCUUGGAAAGUUUGGUGCCAUUGACACCGUCAAGAUUGUGAAGGAGAAGAACAUUGCCUUUGUGCACUUCUUGUCCAUUGCCAAUGCUAUCAAGGCCGUUGCCCAGCUUCCCCAGGAGCCAAAGUGGGCGGCUCCGCGUCGUGUGUACUAUGGCAAGGACAGAUGCGCCUACGUCUCCAAGACCCAGCAGCAGAACGCCGCUCAGUACCUUGGUAUCUCGCCGGGUUAUGCGCACAUGCUCAGUGGUGCGGAUCGUGAUUUGAUUUCUAGCGCCCUGGCUCAGCAGUCCGUCGCUGCCGCCGCCGUCGCCACCACCGCUGGCGGUCUUAACAACCUUGGAAACCGCACCAUCUACCUCGGCAACAUCCACCCCGAGACUACUAUCGAGGAGAUUUGCAAUGUCGUCCGCGGAGGUCUGUUGCACCACAUUCGCUACAUCCCCGACAAGCACAUUUGUUUCGUUACCUUCAUCGACCCUACUGCGGCCGCUUCCUUCUUCGCCUUGAGUAACCUCCAGGGCUUGAUGAUUCACAACCGCCGGCUAAAGAUUGGCUGGGGCAAGCACUCCGGUGCCCUCCCCCCUGCCAUCGCUUUGGCCGUCAGUGGUGGCGCUUCUCGUAAUGUCUACAUCGGCAACCUUGACGAGACGUGGACUGAAGAGCGCUUGAGGCAGGACUUCUCCGAGUAUGGCGAGAUCGAGCUCGUUAACACGCUUCGUGAGAAGAGUUGUGCGUUUGUGAACUUUACGAACAUUGCCAAUGCCAUCAAAGCGAUUGAGGCUGUCCGCAGCAAGGAGGAGUACAGGAAGUUCAAGGUCAACUUUGGCAAGGACCGCUGCGGCAACCCGCCUCGUCAGAUGCAGCAGCAGAACAACUCCCGCGACAACCAGGUUCCCUCGCCCCAGGUGAAUGGUGCCAGCCAGAACGGAAACUCGCCUACUUCCAACGGUGCCCCGGGUCUCCCUGCCCUGUUCAGUCAGCACAACCCGUUGACCAUGUACCUUAACCACGUCAGUCAGCAGGCUCAGCAUCACCAGCAGGCCCACCAGCAGUCUCUUGCUCCUUACCAGGCCGCCCUCUUCGGCACCGCUUCGUCCUCACCCAACGAGCAGUCCGGCAUGAGCCUCGAGGUCCCUCAGGGUCCUUCCAUGUCCGGCCACCAGCAGUCUGCCAGCAUCUCCAACGUUAACGGCUUCAUGUCCAACGGCUCUGGCGCCCCCACGAUGAACGGUCUGCUUGCUCCCGGACGAUCUUCACACAACCGGGCUGUGAGCUUGCCCGUCCUUGCCCCUGGCUUCGAGAACGGCGGUACCAGCCCGAACAGCCUUCAUGGUAGCAAUGAGGGCAACGGCGAAAGGCGUGGGCAUCAAUACCAGGCCAGCUACGGCGGUAUGGGUGCCGGAUUCGGCUUGGCCAUUCAGGGAAACCUCAACCAGUGGGUUGAGGAGGAGGUCGCUAACUAAGAUCUCUGACGUCAAUGUCGAUGUGAUGCAAACUUUUGAAGCUUCUCGAAUCGAUCAGUA